CGGAAGUGGCCGCUGAGGGCCUGGGGCCGGGAUCGGCGUGUAGAGCCUCCCGCGGCGGCUAACUAGUAGAGAAUCAGGAUGGAGGCCGUGGCCCCCGCGCCGGCGGCCAGGGAACCCGAUGAAGGCUGCACGCAGCCCGGUACUGGGCACUGGGGGGAGCUGAGCUGGACACCGGUCCCACCCAGACCCCAGGACAAGGUGGAGGCCGCGGAAGGAGCGCCAAGGGCCCCAGAUGAUGACGCCCUGGGGGCUGAGAACACAGCAGUGAGUGCCAUGCUGCGCGCCGUGGCCGCCAGCCGCCUGCCUGUGUGCAGCCAGCAGCAGGGCGAGCCUGACCUCACCGAGCGGGAGAAGGUGGCCAUCCUGGGCCAGCUGUACCAUGAGAAGCCGCUGGUGUUCCUGGAGCGCUUCCGCACGGGCCUCCGCGAGGAGCACCUGGCCUGCUUUGGCCACUUGCGCGGCGACCAUCGUGCAGACUUCUACUGUGCUGAGGUGGCCCGGCAGGGCAGUGCCCGACCCCGCACCCUGCGCACCCGCCUGCGUAACCGGCGCUACGCUGCCCUGCGUGAGCUCAUCCAAGGCGGCGAAUACUUCAGCGACGAGCAGAUGCGGUUCCGGGCCCCGCUGCUGUACGAGCAGUACAUCGGGCAGUACCUAACCCAGGAGGAGCUCAGUGCCCGCGCCCCGGCCCACCAGCCGCCCAAGCCCGGCGCCCUCGGCACCCCCGCCUGCCCGCUCUCUGAUCUGCUGCUCCAGUCCUACCAGGAGCGGGAGCUGCAGCAGCGGCUGCUCCAGCAGCAGGAGGAGGAGGAGGCCUGCCUGGAGGAGGAGGAAGAUGAGGAGGACAGCGAUGAGGAAGACCAGAGCCCCAGCAAAGACUCGGAGGCCUGGGUCCCCGACUCAGAAGAGAGGCUGAUCCUGCGGGAAGAGUUCACCAGCCGGAUGCACCAGCGCUUCCUGGACGGCAAGGAUGGGGACUUUGACUACAGCACCGUGGACGACAACCCCGACUUUGACAACCUGGACAUUGUGGCGCGGGAUGAGGAGGAGAGGUACUUCGACGAGGAGGAGCCCGAGGACGCGCCCAGCCCAGAGCUGGAUGGGGACUGAUGGCCGCGGCCGCCCGCCCCGCCCGCCCCGCCCGCGACUCCGUCUAGGGGACAGCCUCGCUGGCUCUGGUGCCAUCCCUGCCCCCUCUUUGUGCGGGGUUCCCUACCUUCCCCCCCGCCCCCCCACUCCACCUCUGUCUCUCGUGGUCUCUCUGGCUCACUCGCUUUUUCUCCCUGCCUUUGUGUCUCUUGCUUUCUGCGUCCCCCUCCCUCUUGCAGCACCUCACUGUCUUUCCUCUCUGCCUUUCUCUCUGUCCCCUUCCCUGCGCCCAGGCCUCUGUCCCCACGAUAGGGCCCAGGCUGAAGGUCGUCCCCUUGACCGAGGCCCUUCAUAGCCGGAGCCGGCCGGGACGAUAUCAGUGUCCUGUGUAGGGUCCGGGUGAACCCCGGGCUUCGCCCCCGGCCUCUGCCUGUUUCCCACCUCUGUGCCGAUGCGGCUCGUGCCUCCCUGCCUCUGUUUCGGUCCCAUCUCCCUCAGCCUCGCUCUGGGCCUCUGGCUCUUCCCGCUGUACGCUCCCAUCUCUCGGCCCCCACGCUACCUCUGGCCCUCCGUCUGCCUCUCAGCCUCUCUCUCUGUUUCCGUGUCGUUUCCCCCCCACCCCCUGGCCCAGCCACUGUGGGCAGCAGAGCCCUGACUGCUGAGGAAGGUGGCCUCGCUGGGCGGGCUACCAGCUGUCACUUCUCCCUCAGGACCCAGACUUGGGAGGGGGGUGCAGGGGCAGCACCGGGGCCACGGGCCUGCCAGCUUGGGUGUGGUGGGAGGGGACACGGGGAGGGGGGCUCUCCCCUCUCAGCCCCACCGGCCCCUCUCUUUCCCCGGCCACAAUGUUCCCUUCCUUCACUUCCUCCGCCUCCUUCUCCCUCCUGUUUACACUCCCCAAAUACGCACAGGCUGUUAUCAUGGGUCCUGAGUCAUCCCACACACAGCCUGCCCCAGCAUCCCUGCCCCCAGCUGGCCACAGGGCCCGCCCCGCAGAGCCCCCCGCCGCCCCCGGCUAAUGCGAGCCAGAUGGCCUCCCGGUGACUCAGCCACUGGCCUGUGGGAACCCAGGCGUCCCGCCUUCCCAUGCCCCCACACCCAGCUCCUGCUCCCCCAGUAGACAUGCACAUGGAGAAGGGGUCAGCUGCUUGCGGGGAGGGCCACGGGGCAAAGAGGUGGGGCCUGGGGACCCCUCGCUCCUGGGAGCCAGAAUGAUGGCACCCCGCCAUAGCCAAGCCUGCAGGACCCUCAAAACCACCUCCUCAGGCACAUGGCCCAGAGUAAGGGGGAGACCCUGAGGCCUCCCAGGGCCACAGCUCUUGACCCCUGGGCCUCAGCUCUGCCCUCUGGGUCAAGCAGGACUAGAGCCAGACACAGAAAGUGAGAGCUGGCCUAGAGGCCAAGGGACAUUCACACGGAGAGACUUAAAUACGGAAGCUCCCAGUUAGCAGUUCUAUCCUCUGCCGGACCUGACGCCACACUGAAUCCUCCUGACAACCCUGUGAACUAGGGACUCGCCUCCAUUCCAUAGGUGAGUCAGGGGAGGCCAGAAGGGAGGUGUUAGUUGGUCGAGGCUGCACGGCCAGUGAAGAUGAAAAACCAGGUCUAGACCCUCACAGGUCCUGGGGACCAUCCUCCUAGGUUGCGUGUCAGGUCAGGGCCACCCGGAGCAGUCGGAUGCACGGAUUUGCUCAAGAAGAGCAAGGAAGAGGUGGCUAUGGAGGGCGAUACCAGCAGCUAAGCUUGGGUGGGGAGGGGGGGGCGUCCC